UAAUAAAUGUACGUACGCCCUUAUACAAUAGAAAAGAAACAGGGAAUGAUGGCCGUUGCUUUGCACAUGUGCCUUUCAUACCGAAGAGAUGCCAUAUUUAAAACCUGCAAUGAUAAUAUUUCUUCAAGUUCUUGUCCUUUAUAUUCUUUUUUUCUCUUGAUGAUUCCUAAAACAAGAAUCUUAUUUUGCUUUCCGAUUCCCGUUCUCUUUUUCUGUUGUUUUGUUCAAAGUCUUUUCCAAGGUGGUUUCCUUCAUAUAGAGAUUAGGAGUUUAUUUUGGUUUUAAUAUCUCCAUUAUAUAAGGGAGCCUUUUGUUUUCAUUGAUGGAAGAGAUGGGGCAAGGCUCCUUACUUCAAACCAUGGGCUGUAACCUAGGAAGCGUUCGGGUCGCAGAAAGGACAUGGGAGGUGGGAAAUCAAGUUCACAACUUUUCUGCAUAACCCAAACUUGAAAUCGCCAUUUUUUACGAGCCUCAAUAGAAAAAGUUGUGAUCUUUGAAUCGAAAUGUGCGAUUUAUGAUCUGGGUUUUAGCUGGAAAGAGGAUCAAAGACCUGGGUCGAUCGUCUCCAUCGAUCUGAAGUCAGCCCUCAUAGAGAGGGUUUAGCCUUUGGUGAUUUAAUCAGAAUGGCAGAAAACCAAGAAAUAGCGGCUACUCCUCCUCCACCUCCUCCUCCUCGGAUGAUGAAGAAAAUGGCCAAGCAAUUGACCGGAAAACGGGAAGACACGCCGUUGCAUUCGGCGGUGAGAAGGGGGAGUCUCGAAGGUGUCGUCGAGAUUCUCACGAAGACAGGAGAGAUUGAGUUGAGGGAUUUGUUGGGGAAACAGAAUCAACCCGGAGAAACCGCCCUUUACGUCGCAGCAGAGUAUGGCGAUGUAGAGAUUGUGAAGGAGAUGAUAAAGUACUACGAUCUUCCUUUAGCUGAGAUCAAAGCAAGGAACGGCUUUGACGCUUUCCACCUUGCUUCCAAACAAGGAGAUCUUGAUGUGUUGAAGGUAUUGGCAGAGGCUCACCCAGAGCUAGCCAUGACAGUGGAUCUAUCGAACACGACGGCUCUGCACACGGCAGCAACGCAAGGCCACUCGGAAGUUGUGGACUUUCUGCUGGAACUCGGAAGCGGUCUGGUGAGUAUAGCCAAGAGCAAUGGGAAAACGGCGUUGCACUCUGCGGCCAGAAACGGGCAUGUGGAAGUGGUGAAAGUCCUUUUGGAAACAGAACCAGCCAUUGCUGUCAGGACAGACAAGAAGGGUCAGACUGCACUUCACAUGGCGGCUAAGGGAACAAACGUUACGGUCGUGGAGGAGCUCAUCAAGGCGGAUAGGUCAUCGUCGUCAUCUUCCAUCAAUAUGGUCGACACUAAGGGUAACACGGCUUUGCACAUCGCCGCCAGAAAGGGCAGAACUGAGAUCGUUAGGUUGCUACUUGCCAACGACGUGACUGACACGAAAGUGGUUAACCGAUCAGGAGAAACAGCUCUGGACACGGCGGAGAAGAUCGGGAACCCCGAAGUGGCGGAGAUAUUGCAGACACACGGUGUUCAAAGCGCCAAGACCAUCAAACCGCAGUCUCAUAACAAUCCAGCUCGCGAGCUGAAGCAAACAGUGAGCGACAUCAAGCACGAGGUGCAUAACCAGCUCGAGCACACCCGAAAAACGAGGAGACACGUUCAAGGAAUAGCCAAACAGCUCAACAAAAUGCACACAGAGGGUCUGAACAACGCGAUAAACUCGACGACAGUAGUGGCCGUCCUGAUAGCGACGGUGGCAUUCGCGGCAAUAUUCACCGUCCCGGGCCAAUACGUGGAUGACCCGAGAGAGGGAGAGUCGCUUGGGGAAGCGAACAUAGCGAAGAGAACGCCCUUCAUAAUAUUCUACGUGUUCGAUUCGAUAGCGCUGUUCAUAUCGCUGGCGGUAGUGGUGGUCCAGACAUCAGUGGUGGUGAUAGAGAGCAAGGCGAAGAAACAGAUGAUGGCUGUAAUAAACAAGCUCAUGUGGAUGGCGUGCGUUCUUGUCUCGGUUGCGUUCUUGGCUCUGUCGUUCGUGGUGGUGGGGGAGGAGGAGAGAUGGUUAGCCAUUGGAGUGACCGGAAUCGGUGCGAGUAUAAUGGUUACGACAUUGGGGACGAUGUGUUACUGGGUGAUCCAGCAUCGGAUCGAAGCCAGGAGUUUAAGGAGAUGUUCUAUGAACAGCAAGUCUGGAUCUUGGGCCAUCUCCUCUUAUGUAUCUGAUUCUGAUGUUCUUAACAAAAUGUACGCAAUCUGAUAUGUAAUAAAAUGUGCCAAUUGCAUUAAAUUUGUUUUUUUGGUUA